AUGUCGUCCUCACCCUCCUCCUCAGUAGCGCAUCGCAAAGCACAGAUAGAAGCAAAGAAAGCAAAACUCGAGGAAAUCCGUCGUCAGCGCGAGGAACGUGCACAACGACUCAAAUCCACUGCGACCACCUCCUCCGCCAACACCCAAGAUUCAUUCUCCUCGCGAAGAGACCUCGAUGAUCUGGUCAACUCUCUCAUCUCGGGUUCAUCUGUUCCCGCUUCGACCGCUCCGAGUGUUGGGACGCGUCCGUCGUCCCCGAGGAAGAGCCUGAUAGGUGGUGGGACAAGUCGAGUGGUCAGUGGGAGUGGUGGAGCGCAUGUGGCCAGUUCGGAGAUAGGCGAGAGUGAGAGCGAAGUCCCCUCCACACCUGUCAAGCAAGAUGCGAGGAGCGAAAGGCUAGAACUGAUCGAUGUAGAAAAGGAACUCUUCGAGCUACCCCAAAAGCAACGUGUCUUCUACACCAAGGAAGUGCAGACCUCCUCCACCGACGAUUUCUCCGGUCAACCGUCCGGGGGCGUCGGGACCGAGCCGCGCCCACCUCCUGUGACGGAAGAAUCGCUGCGGGCCAAGAUCCUCUCCGAACAAGCGGCCGACCUCGCGGCGCGCCAAGAAGAGUCCCGGCUAGAACAGGAGAUCGCCGAGCAGCUCCGCGAGCUCACCGCCGAGGAACGGCUCGCCGUCUACUCGGUGCAGGAGUUUAGCGAUUUCGUGGAGCACUCGACCAAGAUCGUGGAGCGCGCCUUGACGGACACGUACGAUUACAUGAGGGACUAUCGCGGUGGGGUGGAGGAUUUCUCCGCCGAAGCGGGGAGAGGUGCGGGCAGUCAGCUGCGCUUGAUCCGGAAGUUUGGCGAGGGUGAUGCGAGGUUUGCGGGGAGGAGCGUGAUGGGGUUGGACUGGUCGAGCAAGUACCCGGAGCUGUGCUGUGCCGCCUACAACCGCACGCGCGAUGGCGCGGACGACGCCAGCGACGGUCUCGUAGCUCUCUGGAAUACGCACCUCACCGAUCGACCCGAGUUCACCUUCACCGCUCCCACCGACGUCACCUCCGUCACCUUCUCUCCGUUUCACCCGACGCUCGUCGUAGGCGGCACAUACUCCGGUCAGAUCCUCAUCUGGGACACCCGCUCUCGCCAAUUGCCCGUGCUCAAGACCCCGCUUUCGGCCAGUGGACAUACGCACCCCGUGUAUGGGUUGAAGAUCAUCGGAUCCACCAACGCCAACAACUUGGUAUCGAGCAGUACGGAUGGUACCGUGUGUUGGUGGAUGCUGGACGUACUGGGUCGGGCGCAGGAGACGUUGGAGUUGGUCAACGCUUCUGGAAACGGUAAGACGGACGAAGUGGCGGUGAGUUGUUUGGGGAUGGUGGAGAGGGAGACCACGUCGUUCCUCGUCGGAAGCGAGGACGGCAAUGUGUAUCAGGGGAACAGGUACGAUCGGGCUGGGUUGAAGGCUGGGUUGAACGCCGGCGAAGUGUAUCGGGGCCAUGUGGGUCCGAUCACCGCGAUCGAUUUCCACCCGCUCAACGGUGGGAGUGUCGACUUCAGCGAUCUCUUCUUGACGUCGAGCAUGGAUUGGACGAGCAAGCUGUGGAGGUUGAGACCCAGCAACACGAUCAAACCCGCCGCGGCGAAGGGUUUUAGGGAGGUGCUGAGCUUCGAAGAGUCCAACGACUACAUCUACGACGUCAAGUGGAGUCCCAUCCACCCGGCCGUCUUUGCUCAGGUCGACGGGACAGGAAAAUUGGAGGUGUUCAAUCUCAACGUCGAUACGGAGCGACCGGUGGCUAGUGUCUCCCCCACCACCACCACCACCACGUCAACGCAACAGCAGAAUGUAGGUGAUGGUGGCGUGCUGAUGGAGGGGGUAGCGGGUAGGGCGUUGAACAAGUUGGCGUGGAGCAAGGAUGGCAAGAAGCUGGCGACGGGUGGGUCGGACGGCGUGGUGUACGUGUACGAUGUGGGUGAGGCACUGUGGAUGGUAGGGGAGGAGGAGUUUGAGGUGUUCCGCGAGGUGGUGGGUAGGUUGUUGACGCCGGAGAGUGCGGUUACGGGUACUACGGGUCGGACGUAG